AAGAAGGAAAUUUGAACCAAUGACGUCAUACGAAAUGCUUGUGGCUUAUGUGAAGGCGGGACUGUAAUAUCCGUAAAUAAAAUGAGCAGGUUCUUUUGGAUUCAAAAGAAGUUCUGCGUGCAACAGUGAACACAAGAUAGGCAGAUAUGGAAAACACAAGACGUGGCUGCUCCAUAUGGAACACAUGGCUGCGAAUUUCAGCAAAGUUCCAUCGCGCAUUGGAGAAUAUUUUCCACAAAUAUGGCUAUUUCAUCGCUGGACGGCCUUUAACUGUCAUGAUGAUUUGUUUAAUGUUCACUGGCGCAUUGGCUUGGGGUUUAAUUAAGAUCAAAGUUGAAAGCAGAACUGAAAAAUUGUAUGUGCCCCCAAACAGCAAAGCUGAAAGAGAUUUGGAAGCUGCCAGCAACUACUUCACAGUUCAAAAUCGAAUAAUUAAGGUCAUAAUGAUAAGAAAAGACAGAAGAAAUAUCCUGACAAAUCAAGACUUCAGAGCUGGUCUGGAACUGAUGCAAGACAUUGUCAACAACACUGCCAUUGAGACAGUUUGCAUUAAAGGGAACAUAAGUGAGCAACCUUCGCUGAGUGCAGCGACAGCGCAGUGUCUGAGAACAGAUCCUUUUCAAUUGUUUAAAUACUCACAGGGUGAAAUUGCCAAUGCGAGUAUUGCCGGUAAAGUUAAUGAUUUGAUGAGAAAUGCAGACUACAUCAUGAAAAAUGGAAGGCCAUUAUCAGCAAAUAUACACACGAUGCUUGGAAACAUGAAGAAAUCAUCUAAUAGUACUAUAAUUUCAGCGCAAGCUCUUAGGAUUGACAUCCCGUCAAAAUUUCCAAAAACGGACCAGGAAUAUGAAAGUAUUCUUGACUGGGAAGGAAAGUUUCUUAAGUAUAUUGUCUCUGCUAAAGCAAAUUUGAAAAGAAAGGUUUCGAUAUUUACUUCUUUACAUUCAAAAGCAUUGACGAUUCGAUCAACGAGAGUACAGGUGGUGACGUUUCUCAUCAUCAUCACUUUCACCAUCAUGUGCACAUUUUCGAGCAUAUCCCUAGGGAGAUUUCGCAAUCAAGUGACCGGACACGGACUGGCAGGAAUGGCUGGACUCUUAGCUGUUACAAUGGGAAUUGGUAGCUCAUUCGGGCUUCUAAUGAUCUGCGGAGUGAAGUUUCUUGCCAUGGUUGGUAUAUUGCCCUUCCUGAUUUUGGGAGUUGCUAUCGAUGACAUGUUUAUAAUUCUGGACGAAUUAGACCGGACUGACUUCAACCUACCUACCAGAGAUAUUGUUGCAAAGGUCCUUGGGCGAGUUGGAGGCACCGUUACUAUGACAACACUCACAGACCUAGUUGCAUUUGCAGUGAGCACAACGAGCGCCUUCCCAGCAAUCCAAUACUUCUGCGCAUAUGCUGCGGUUGGACUCACAUUCUCGUACUUGAUGAUAAUGACGUUUUUCGUGGCAUUUUUGGUUUUUGAUAUUAAAAGAAUCAAAGCUGGUAGAUGGGAUAUGAUUCCAUUUUUAAAAAAGUCUGACUUUAAAAUUGAUCGGAACAGCGGUCUUAUUGUAGAGGCGAAGGAACAGAUUUCUUCAAAGAUCUUAGGGAAGCUGGGAUCGUUUAUAACCAACAAAUUUGGCUGCGUUUUUGUUUUGGUUAUCAGUGUUGGCCUCGUUUCUGCUGGUGUUGUUGGUGCCCUUAGGAUAACUCAGACAUUCAAACUGCAAAUGCUUGGUAAAGAUGGGUCAGACUACAUAAAGUACCUCGAUACAGAGAGCCUGUACUUCCAGAACACAGUUGCUGUCAGCAUUGUGGUUCCUGGCUCAUUCAGUAUUGACACGGCUGAAGGGCAACGUGAAUAUGCCAAGUUAAACAACAUAGCAGUUAACAGCGAUCCGCUUGUCAUGAACAGGUCCAUUGACUGGUUCAAUGAAUUCAGGACAUGGUCAAUAUCUCAAAACAAGAGCACUACCGGAGCAAAUUUCAUUACGACUCUUGCAGAGUUUCUUAGAAUUCCGAGAUAUGCACAGUAUGGCUCUGAUAUAGUGUUCUCUAACGACAGGAGGCAGAUUAAGGCAUCAAGGAUUGUGGUGUUAAUGGAUAAUAGUAAAGAUUCCAGCGAAGGAAAAGAUGCUAUGUUAAAGCUGCGAGAAGCAUUAGACAAAAAAACCUCAAUGAAGGCAUACGCAGCAGCAGUUGCAUUUCUAUAUUUCGAGCAAUACGUCCUUAUUGUACCAGAGACAACUCGAAACGUCGUUGUCUGCGGCAUUACUGUCUUGAUAAUGACCGCACCCUUUCUACUGCAUCCGGGAAUUCUCCUGCUUAUGGUUGUCAGUUUUACAGCCUUGAUUUUUGAGCUUAUGGGUAUGAUGGCAUUAUGGAGUGUUUCUUUGAAUAGCAUUUCAAUGAUCAUUCUCACUAUGGCUAUAGGCUUCUGCGUCGAUUACAGUGCCCAUGUUGCGCAUACCUAUGUGACAUCAGAUGCCCCAGACGCAAAGAUUGGUAUAACUGGUGCACUGAAAACCACUGGUGCCAGUGUUGUUAUGGGGGGUUUUACAACGUUUCUUGGUAUGGUGGUAACAGCCUUUGCAUCGUCAGAAAUCUUUCGAAUAUUCUUCAAGAUGUUCUUGGGCAUUGUUGGUCUUGGACUCUUCCAUGGAUUGGUGGUUUUGCCCACAUUAAUUGCAAUUUUCAAGAUAUCAAGGUCUGGAGAAAUUGAAGCAAUUGAUGGCCCUUGCCAGAAUGUUACAUUGAACAGAGUAAGCUCUGAUAAUGGCAGCUUCAAAGUUCAUGUUGAUGAUAAAGAGGGUUCCAAGUCAACAGUGUUAGCAAAUGAGAAUGCAACAUAAAUGAGUUGGAACUACAUCGGUGUAAUAGUAUGUCAGCAGUUUGACACUAAUCAAACAUGUACAUAUACCUGCAUUAAUCAUUGUUUUUUACAUUCUAUAAAGGUUUUAUAGAAUUAGAACGCAGGAAAACAAAUUAUUACUCGACUCCCCAUCGAAAAUCUUCCUGCAGCAAAAUCAACUUUUAGAGGGACAUAGUAUAUCAAAGGGCUUUAUUCUUCCUUUUUGAAACUAUAGUAAAUAGCAUCAUACAUCUAGCAAACCAACACUAUCACAAAGUUUAAAACAAUAUUAAACAAUUAAUUUGGUCUUGCUUUAACAUUUAGUUCUGCAAUAACAAAGAAGAAAUGCAUCUAAUGUACAAUGAAAAGUUUUUUAUGGCAGGCAAUUUUGAUUGGAAGGCAUGCCAUAAAGGCUUAUUGCCAUAGUAUGUAGACAUUUAAAAUUUAAAUAAACUGCUUGUAUCUUUGUUGAAUAAUAUAGAAAAUAAAAUCAAUGCAUAACUUAAGAUUUGGUGGUAACAUAUUUGAUUUAAGAUUGGUUUCUGGUAAGAUUGCUUAUUAAAAUUCAGUCAUCAUGUAAGAUUAAUGUAGUAAGCCCAGACUGAGAACAAGGCCUAGAUAUGUCUCAGGAGCAAAGCAUUUUAUGGAGGAAUUUACACAAUUUACAAGAAACAAAUUUACACAAUUUGCAAAUAGCUUACAUUGAUUAAAGAAAUCCUGAUGAUCUGCAGUUGAAAAAAAGAUCCAUCAUCCAUUGCAAAAUCUGCUCCACAUGAAUGUAUUCAGUUUUGACAAAAGGCAUGUUGUUAAUUCUUGCUUUCAAGUCCUGUUAUUUGGAAAAUAGGAAAUAAUGAUUUUAGGAAGCUUCUCUUCAAGUGUAAUCAUCUCUUCAAGAUGUUAUGUUAAACAACUGACCAUAAUUCUGAAGCUAAUUCUUAAAUAGGUUAAUUCUUCUUUAACGACUUAUGCCUUCGUAACUCCUUACCAAACCCUUUUCAAUACACAGUCAGCCAGAAAUGAUUUUAGUUGUAAACAAAUACAAUAGAUCUGCAAUAUAAUGAAUAAGUGGAAUUUUGAAUGUGCAGCUUUCUAUUUUUGUCCCAGGAACAGUUAAGGGUGAAAGUCUUGGUAACAUAACUUCGUGAAGGAAUAUCAAGCAAAUAGGAAAGGUAUUGGCCAAUUAUGAUAUAACAUAAAAUACAAUAAUUUGGUAAUGGUGACAAUGAUAAAAAACCUACUUUAAUAUGUUUCAAAGUGCCAGCAGCUUCUGUUUGAAUUGCAACUUCCGAAUCUUUACUAAUCGAUUUCUAGAAAAAACACUGAUAACUCUGCAAAACAAUUUGGGUAAAAAAAACAUAAUUUGGAGGAAUCAGUAUGCACUCUGUAAAAAAUAAAAAUAUGGGUUCUGUGCUGUUUUGGAACAGCUGUGAUAUAGCUGGAAUUUCAAGGGGAUGGGACUAGAAACAGGUGGGAAGGGAACAAAUGAUGCACAAAAUUUGGGGUCCAAGGUCAAAGCCUGAACACUUCCAUGGAUUUCCAGAUUUUAUGAUUUACAUUUCUAUAUAUAGUGUAUAUUCCUUAGCACAUAUGCUAAAGGUCAUGGGGCAAAUAAAGUCUAAAAGUGUGUCUUCUAGACCUAAUUAAUCUCUACUUUUGCCUCAAGCAGUUCUUUGUCUCUACCUCUACUCUAUUCCUUAUCAAAGGCAACUAAAAUUAUUUCUUACUGACUGGACAGAGAUUUUUUUGUUAAGAUUUCAAGAGCAGGUAGCAUUUACAGCUUAAGAUCCAGCUUAAGAUCUUAAGAUCCAAUUAUUUCAAAUAAUAAUGGAUUACUUUCAUUUAUUGUUUAGUUCUUUGUUUUUUGUUACUUAGUGUGGUGUUUAAAAUUUUCAUAAAAUAACCAAGCGUGUUGGCGUGUUAUAAAUGCAUUUGCUGCU